AUGGACACAAAUCUUGAAGAGAAGCAAAACCCAGUUCAAGAUUUAGUUUAUUCUGAAGAAUUUACAGAGAUGAGUCAAGAUUUUUACAGUAAGAUGAAGCUUAGCUCAUAUUCAGACGAGGAGGAGGAAGAGGAAGAUGAGUUUACUUUUAUGUCUGAAGGAGUUAAUAUAUCACCAAUAGCAGCGGAAGAUGCAUUCCUUAAUGGUCAAAUCAAGCCUAUUUUUCCAUUAGUCAAUCAAGAUUCGAAGAUUUUGUAUGAGAAUUUGCCUAUGCGGCCAGCAGUGAAGAAGGUUUUUGUUGAAACGAAAGAUGGGGUAACUUCAUCCUCGUCGGGAAACGACGACAUCAAAGUGGUGGAGGUGGAGGCGCCGGCGCGGGAGGUGUGCACGAAGAGUAACUCAACUGGGUUCUCCAAGACAUGGAGGUUCAAGGACUCCAUGGGGAGAAGUAACAGUGAUGGGAGGGACGCGUUUGUUUUCCUGAACAAUAGCAAUACUCCGCCGCCGGCCAAGGCGAAAGUCAACGGGAAGGUGAAGAGUAAAACGGCGUCGUUGUCAGCUCAUGAAGUGUACUUGAAAAGUAAAGCCAAAGAAGAGGGUCGCCGGAGGUCCUAUUUACCUUACCGGACGGGAUUGAUGGGACUUUUCACCAACUUAAAUGGUGGAAUAACAAGAAAUGUAAAUCCCUUUUGA